AUGGCCACCCCCGCUGGAUUGGCAGCUGCCCCCGUCAGAGGCAUGGAAAACAGCAACAGGCAUGCGGAAGGAUGUAAAGGAGGGCAUGGCGUUCCAGAAGAUGACGCCUGCCCUCAAGGCUCCGAAACUCUAGGGCCCUCAUGCAUUGCAAAGGCCGGUCUCUCCGCUUGCCCAUGUUCGUUUGUACUUGAGUCGGCGGCGCAAACUUCCCUCGCCGCAUUCUUCUUUGGCACAGCAAAGAGGGGGGCACCGCAUGACGUGCUGAAGCCGUUUUUCUUGUGGCUCUUCCCGAAUAUACUGGUUGCAUUGGUAUUUGCGGUGACGCUUAUUGCGUGCCUCAUCGUGGACGCGUCUACUGAGAUCGACCUCUUCUUUCUGCUCCUGCUCAUUGGAGGGUGGAUUUUACUGGCUGCCAUUUCAAGUCGGCGGCAGCGGCGCCACGCGGCUCCCCACGUAGGGGGGGCAGCCAGGCCGUGUUUGGUGCAAAAGACGGUACUGGGAAAGGUCAAAGGUCAAGAAGGUGGCCAGGUGCAGCAGCUCGCUGCUUCUGAGGAGGCGGAUCAUGCAGAGGUAGUAGAGAGGUCCUCCCGCGCCCGGGAGGCCAAGGGGCCUCUCGGCACGUGUGUUCAUAGGGGGAGGCGGCUAGACCGCGAUGCGAGACGCUCCAACUCUAGCGCAAGUGUGAUCUCUUGCGAGACAUUCACACCCCUGAGCGACUCCCGGCGGUCUGCUGAUCAGGCCUUGGGAGAAGGCUCGCGCGGGGGCAGUGUGACUACUGAGGAGCGCGAAGAGACUUUGAGUUGUUCGGAGGGAGGGGAGGACAGAGAGGAGGCGUGUUGCAGCGAGGCGGAAGAUCGCGAGCGGUGGGGCCUCCUCGGACCGCCUCUCGUGUCUGCGCCUCCCCUUUGCAACACUGGGAACCGCCGAGUUACAGACUUUUCGGCGUGGGUGGGAGGUCCAGCUGGGGAGCUUGCGCUUCCGCCAUCUCCCUUGACGGAUCUCUCCUUCUGCCGCUCUCAGACGGUCGGUGCUGCAACGCUUUCCCCCCACGAGGACACACUCAGCAUCGAACAAGUGCAGCAACAUCAACAAGUGCAGCAACAUCAACAAGUGCCACGACGGAGGGAGACAAGGGCAGCGCUGCAGUACUACAUGGGGCUGGUCAAGGACUGCUGCAAGCGAAGAGACGGAGCUGGGGCACUCAAAGUGCUAGAAGAGGUGCAGAGAGAGGGCAGGGUUGCACCCGAUGUGCAGCUGCUAAAUUACGUCCUCUUCGCUUGCGUCGCCAGUCAAGACAGCUUUUUAACAAAACGGUUGUUUGAAUCGAUUGAGGGGGCGGGUGUUGCGGACCUGGUGACGUAUAACACGAUGCUGAAGGCGUUUUCCGUGUCUGGCCAGUUGGCAGAGGCAGAGAAGAUCCUUCGGAGCAUGAGAGAUCGAAAUGUAUCACCAGAUGAGGUUUCGUUCAAUCUCCUCGUAAACGCCGCCGUGUGCUGCGGACGAAUUGAUCGCGCCUGGCAUUAUGUGGAGGAACUGCGUACAUCGAAUAUGGUGCCCGACAAGUUCACGAUCUCCUCGCUGGUUAAGAGCCUGCAGCCUGGCCAAGAUCCAAAAUUGAUUCAGCGCACCCUUCGGCUAAUGGACGGGAUUAAUGCCUGCGAAGAUUUAAUCCUCCUUUCGACCUGCAUCGACGCCACACUGCGGCUAGGAGAUUUGGACCGUCUUCGGCGUCUGCUGCUCCAGUUCGAGUCUUCCUCUCUCCAGCCAAACCCACACGCGUAUGGCACGCUAAUCAAGGCCUACGGAAGGAUUGGAAAUCUUACAAAGGUUUGGGGUCUAUGGAAUGAACUUCAAGGCAGAAGAAACAUCGAGCCUACCAACUACACCUACGGCUGCAUGCUCGAUAUUCUUCUUAGCAAGAACUUGUUGACAGAUGCCACCGAAUUGUUUUGUCACAUGGUAUACAACGGAGUUGUUGACGCUGUUCACUUUUCAAUCCUCGUAAAGGGCCUUUCCAAGUACAGCGACCAAGGCGUCAAGCUUGCGUUGGAAGCCUAUGCAGUGCUGCGUAAGAGUGCCGCUACGAGAAGAGGGGCGACAGGACCUGAGAAGAGUGGUACAGCAGCGAGCUGCCUUCCAUCCCGGGGUGGGGAAAAGGUUAAGCAACCACAGGCGGUCCUGAACACAAUUUCCUUCAAUGCUCUCCUGCAUCUUUGCGUCACGAAUGGGCGCAUGGCAGACGCCUUGAGGCUCUUCAGUGAUAUGGAGAACCAAGAAGCUGUUACGCCAGACCUUAUCACGUAUAGCACUGUGAUCAAGGGCUUGUGCUGUUAUCCAGGAGACGCCCCUUUAGAGAAGGCGUUGCUUUUGCUUGAGCAGAUGCAGAAGAGGUAUGGCAUUCGACCGGACGCUAUCGUUUUCAAUACUUUAAUUCAGGGAGCGGCUACGCGAAAGAAUCCUCAACUUGUUGAGCAUCUCCUCACGCUGAUGCAAGAGGCCAGUGUGCCACCCAGCAGUUACACACUCUGUCAAUGCAUCAAGCUAUAUGGGAAAUGCAACAACCUGCAGCGCGCGUUAGAACUGGCGAAUGAGCUGCCUGCGCACUUUGGCUUCGCCAUAGAUGGCUACGUGUGCACCGCGCUGAUCGCUGCAUGCAUGAGCAACGGAGCCCCUGUAUUAGCCGGACAGUUGGCGCUUCAGGCUUCUUCUGUAGGAGUUGAAUUGCCGCACGGAGUUCUUUGCCGCCUGUGGAACACCCUGCAGUUUGCAAAGACAGCACAGCUGCAGCAGCAGGAAACGGCCCUGCAUGCUCCGGAUCUAGCAACCCUCUGUGAUGCUGUAGCGAAGCUCUUGGCCCCGCACUCAAAAGACGCAGGAACGUCUAGCCAUGAAACUCUUGGACAGUUUCAGCAGCAGUUCCAGCAGCAGCAGCAACAGCACUUCCAGCAGCAGCAGCAACAGCAAUUUCAGCAGCAACAACAACAGCAAUUUCAGCAGCAGCAGCUGCUGCUGCCGCUGCACUUUGGAGGUGACGAGAAUGUGUGCGGCGGACAGAAGCAGGAGCGUUGCACCAGCAGCAGUACCAAUUUCAACUACGGGCUUAUGAUGGGAGUAGCCAACCACCCGUCGCAGGAGCAGGCACAGGGAGGGGUUUUACCCAGUGCUUUAUUCCCUCAGGUCCAAAGUGACUGGGGAAAAGCACGUGAUAUUUCUCUGUUAGAGAGUUUGGGCGGGGUUCCACACCAUGAAUAG